AUGCAUCGUGAUUCUGGAUCUGUUAUUCUUAUUGUCUAUGUUGAUGAUAUUCUUAUCACUGGGAGUGUCACAAAUGGUAUUGAAGAUACCAAACGCUUUCUUCACUCUCAAUUUGUUACAAAAGAUCUCGGUCUACUUAAAUAUUUUCUUGGUAUUGAAGUCACCUCUACGGAUGAUGGCACUAUUCUUUCACAAAGGAGAUAUGUUCUUGAUUUAUUAGCUGAAGUUGGGCUUUUGGAUUGUAAGCCUAUAUCUACCCCAAUGGAUCCAAAAGUGAAUUUGUAUGAUCCCAAUAGUCCAGACUAUUUGGAUAGUCGACGUUAUCGAACCAUUGUGGGAAAACUUUUGUAUCUUACAGUCACUCGACCAGAUAUAUCCUUUGCUAUUGGAAGAGUGAGUCAAUUCAUGGAAAAGCCUAAAAAGGUCCACUGGAAUGCAGUAUAUCAUAUACUUCGCUAUCUAAAGUUUUCCCUGGGCAAUGGUUUAUGCUUUAAAUCUCAUGGACAUUUAAACCUUGUUGGUUUUUCCGAUGCUGACUAUGCAGGAUCCAAUGAAGAUAAGCACUCAAUUACUGGAUAUUGUACUUAUGUUGGUGGUAAUCUUGUCACUUGGAGAAGCAAGAAGCAACAUGUCGUUUCUCGAUCUAGUGCUGAAUCUGAAUAUCGAGCAAUGGCCCAUACUACUUGUGAAUUAUUAUGGAUUUCUUCCUUACUAACUGACAUGGGUAUACCAAUCCAACAUCCUAUACCUAUGUAUUGUGACAACAAGGCAGCUAUCUUCAUUGCUAAUAAUCCUGCUUUCCAUGAAUGCACCAAACAUAUCGAGGUUGAUUGCCAUUUCAUUCGUGAUGCUGUGAUGCGUGGUCAGAUAUGCACUCCAUUCCUUCAGUCAUCAAAACAACUAGCUGAUAUUUUUACAAAAGCGCUUCCAAAGGCUCACUUAAUGAAGAUCAUGUUCAAACUGGGCAUGCGAGAUGUAUAUGCUCUAGUUUGA